AACCCUCACGCUUUAAAAAUGUAACAAACGCAAACAAAACAAAACAAUAAAUAAUUUUUUCUCAUUCGAAAACAAAACAAAACAAAACUUCAUGUGUUGUAAGAUUGUUCAAAAACGUUUAUAAAACUAUUUUACUGUUAAGCUGCGUUCAAUGCCAACAGUAGGUGGCAGCAGUCUACCUGUGGUAUAAUGCGUGUCGCAGAACUGACCAGCGCUAAUAGCGCCGCUCUGGCAAAGUGGAGGCUGAAGGUCAGUGAAAGCAACUGUAGGAAAGUAGCAGCAAAACGUCCAUUUGCGUAAAUGCCAAAAGUGCAGUAAUGGAUUUACAGCAGCAAGUUCUAUUUAUAUAUUUUUGCCCAUUAACUCUCUGACCUGCCGUAAACUCCACAGUCUAGCAUGUCUAUGAGUGAGACAUAAGACGCCUAAAUCAUCCGAACAACAUCUGUCCCAUUAACGUGUUAAAGAAAAGUUCGGGUUGCGGUGUUGGACCUCCUAUUCGCCGUGACGCCACAGUCCUCGUCGGAGCGCGCCUUAAACAUUCCCGUGGCGCUGGUUUGCGCCUCACUCCCACCCCCACUGACUGACUGACUGACUGACUGCUGCUGCUGUCCCGUUACUGGGGCUCCUCCCGUGAACGCAACGUCGCGCCCGUGCAGCAGGAGAACGUGGGGAUGACUGAGAGGCGCCGUGCGACCCAGCGAAUCCAGCGGUUCUGACGGAGCUUUUCCAAGAGGCGCAGCGCUUCGGAGCAACAUGAUGUCCGCUAUAGAGAGCGGGGCGCCCGUGUACCAGCCCGCACAGCUGCUCAGCUGGGUCUACAUGUCUCUGCAGGAGAGCCAGAGCGGCGCCUUGGACAAGUUCAAGGCCGAGUCGGACACAUCUGCUCAGCUCGCGAGCGACUCCAAGCGCGGCGCGGCUGAUCUCAGCUCCAACUACGUCAACAGCUUCUUGCAUCUGCAGAGUGAGGCCUUGAACAACAACUUCUACAAGAGCUCCUCGCCCUACGGGUCGCUCAACGACAUCGUGGAAGGCCUCAGCUCCCUGGCCGAGCACUUCUCCGACCUCGCCCUCUCCCCGGAGGCACGGAAACCCAGCAAAAGGCCGCCCCCCAACUACCUGUGCCACCUCUGCUUCAACAAGGGCCACUACAUCAAAGACUGCCCUCAGGCUCGACCAAAAGGCGAAGGCCUGACCCCGUAUCAGGGAAAGAAGAGGUGCUUUGGUGAAUAUAAAUGCCCCAAAUGCAAGAGGAAAUGGAUGAGCGGGAACUCCUGGGCCAAUAUGGGACAAGAAUGUAUCAAGUGUCACAUCAACGUUUACCCCCAUAAGCAGCGCCCUUUGGAGAAACCGGACGGGUUAGACGUGUCCGACCAGAGCAAGGAGCAUCCGCAGCACCUGUGUGAAAAAUGCAAGGUCCUCGGCUACUACUGCCGCCGCGUUCAGUAGCUCUCUCCGGGUUCGGCGUCACUGUCUCAGACGACGUCAUCGGCGGUUUUCUUCCGCGGCGAUGCUAAUGACGUCCUCUCGGCCGCUUUAACUCGGCGCGAGACCCUGAACGUGGUGGAAACGUUCUGCUGGGCUCUGAGUCGUUGCGUGAAUAUUCAUUUGAAGUCAAAGAAUCUUAUCAACUGUGAAUUAGGAAACUUUGCCUCUGCAUGUGUCCAGCGUGUUGGACUGAAGCUGAUGAGUAAAGUUUCCAGUUUUACAUGUUUGUAUAUUCCAGAAGUAACUUAAAUGUUUUCUGUAUAAAUAUGCAACACGUCUUUACUAAGAAGAAUGUGCAGUAUUAAUGUGCAUCUGCAUUAUUGUCUGUAAUAUCAAUACUGGAGGGUACAUAAUUUUUAAAUAUAUAUUUUUAAGCCAUUUCUGAAGCAGAUUAUUUUACCUUGUGAAGGAAUAUAUUAUGUUACCCAACUAACACGUAUUCUUUAUAAACUAUGUGCCUGAGUUUUUAUGUAAAUCAAGGCAAUGUGCUAGAAAUAUUUCACAGCUGCUUGCUGACAAGUGUCAUUAAAUACAACACAGUUUAUUCUGGCACGCAGUGCUGAGAGAAACUCACCAAAGUGCUUUUUUUUAUGAGCAGCAAAGCAGAAAAAAUCUAAAUCUGAAUUAAAUUCAAAGCCCACGAGGGAUUAAAUUAGAGGUUAGACGUUGCUUAAGAGAUUUUAUGUAUUCCAAUUGAAAUGUGAAGAUAAAUUAACACGGCCUUAAAUACUUGUGUAAAACACCAUUGAAUGUGCCUUAAUUAAUAACCCAUGGGACGGAUUCAUUUGUCCUAUGCCUUUGUAAUUAAAUGUAUUUAAGUGCA